AUGUACAUGUACAGUAAUACGUACGGACUAUCCGUACUAGUUGCAAGUACAAAGGUCACCAGCGAGCGACCAACAAUCCGAUAUCCUCCAUCCCCAUCGCAUUCUCAACGACCGCCAUCGCUCGACCGCCGCCUCCUCCUCCUCCUCCUCCUCCUCCUCCUGCCAAGAGGCAUGGCCGACGUCGAGGAACAGACGGCCACGCCGUUCGUCGAGCAAGGCGGCGAAGAUAUGGCUCUGACGACGACAGACACGGACGUCGCCGCGCCGACGGAGAAGAAGACAGUCAAGAAGAUCAUAAGGAAGAAGAAGCGACCGGCCCGAGUGCAAGUCGAUGCCGAUGCCCUCACGUCAGAGCCCCCCCCGCAGACCGGCACCAUCUUCAACAUCUGGUACAACAAGUGGUCCGGCGGCGACCGCGAAUCCUACCAGCAGACAAAGUCCAAGGGUCGCUGUAUCGUCUCGACAGACAGUGGCUUCACAAAGGCAGACAGCAUCCACGGGAGUUAUUUCUGCCUGCGGUUUGCCAGGGGCCUCUGCCCGAAUGGCCGGGACUGCACCGCCCUCCAUCGGUUGCCGGGCAUGUAUGACCACUUCAGUCCCAACGUCGACUGCUUCGGGCGCGAGAAGUUUUCCGAUUACAGAGAUGACAUGGGUGGUGUCGGCAGCUUCAUGAGGCAAAACAGGACCAUCUACGUCGGGCGGAUACAUGUGACGGACGACAUCGAGGAGAUUGUGGCACGCCACUUUGCGGAAUGGGGCCAAAUCGAGCGCGUUCGCGUCCUCAACUCGAGAGGUGUUGGCUUCAUCACAUACACCAACGAGGCGAACGCACAGUUUGCGAGAGAAGCCAUGGCCCACCAGUCCCUCGACCACGACGAGGUUCUGAAUGUCCGUUGGGCGACGGCCGACCCCAACCCCAUGGCACAGGCGCGCGAAGCUCGGAGGAUAGAGGAGCAAGCUGCUGAGGCCAUUCGGAGGGCACUGCCCGCCGAGUUCGUGGCCGAGAUCGAGGGCAAAGACCCCGAGGCAAGGAAGCGAAGGAAGAUCGAAAGCAAUUACGGCCUGGAGGGAUACGAGGCGCCCGACGAAGUCCACUUCGCUCGCGGCGCUAAUGCCGUGAACCCUCUCGGACGACAGACGAACGAAGUCGAGUAUCAAGAGCCGUUGAUGAUCGGAGAUGGACAGGCACCUGCCGCCGAGAGCGAGCAUGCACAUGCGCACAUGGAGACGCCCCCAGAACAACCGGCUGGCAUCUUUUCUGGAAUCACGUUAGCAGCGUUGAGCAGGGCCAAGGUCUCGGUGAUGUCGAAGCCCAAGUCGGAAGCAGCGGCAGGUCCGUUGGUUGCCUAUGAUAGCGACAGUGAGGACGAAUAA